GGGGGAGGGGGGGGGAGAGAGAGAGAGAGAGAGAGAGAGAGAGAGAGAGAGAUUGUGAGAAACGACAAAUGGUCCAGCACUGGUGGACAUCAGGGGCCUGAUGGGGGAAUGGUAGAGACUGAUGAGAUGGAGGGAUGUAGGCAGGGGUCCUUCAGGGACGGUCUUGGGUACCCUACAAAGGUUUUUAUACCAUGUCCCUUGGGAGUGAUGGCUUUCAAAACAAUUAUUCUUUAUUUUGUCUUUGCUCAAAGGAUGUCCAUCUUUGUGAAAGCCCAGUGGAGCCCAAUAGCAGCAAAGUGGCUUUGGUGCAGGUGGUGUCGAGGACCUAGUGCCUGUGCUUUGUGGCCUCCCCUGACCAGCACCCAUGGGCAUCUGCUUGAUGCUCCCUCCCAAGGACUUAGUCUGGCAGAGUGUGAACAUCACUGCUAGAGAGAGUAUCAGGGUUGGGGAGAGAGAAGCGGUUACAAGUGUUUUGGAAAACAAGUUCCCUGGUUGUGUGGGGGUUGAGUAGGAAGGGGCUGAGUCAGGGAACCCAGCCUGGCGGGGGGGAUUGCAGUGGUCCUGACAUGCCACCACAUUAGGCUAUGUCAUCACGGGUCCUCACCAAGGCCAGAAGCCAGAGGUGAGCCGUGUCCCAGUCUGGCAGCUCAGCCAAACUGUGCAAGUCUCCGAACUUCUCUCGCUCGCAGUGUCCUCAUUUUUCAAUUACUGGUAUUUCCCUGAAAGUUUGCUGUAAGAUCUAAAUGAGUCAGUACAUGUGGGGCACUCAAAACCGUACAGGCGCCUGGCACAGAGUAAAGGCUAUGUAAUUAUUUACUGUAACUGUCCAGAACGCAUUUAGGAAGUAUUGAGCUCGCUCAUUCGAUAAUUGUUCAUUGAGCUCCCAUGUCAGCGCUCUGGGUGCUGGGGAUACAGCCGUGAAUGAAAUAGACCAACCCUCAUUUACAUUCUAGUGGGGGUGACUAAAUCAAUAAAUAUGCAGAAUACACGGAAUAGGGCUGGGAAGGGUCCACAGGACCACACAGGACCUGGUGGGCCACAUUUGGAACUUUGGGUUUUAUUUUGAGUGAGAUGGAAAAGUCUAGAAGGUUUUGAGCAAAGAGGUGACAAGUCCAGCCACCCAUUUUGGGUUCAGAGUAGCUCGUGAGGUCCAGGUCGCUGGUCCAUAUCGAAUGGUUAAUGGAUGGUAGUUGUUUGUCGUACAGGGGGCUGUUCUGGUGGGCGGGGCUUAGGAAAAUGAUCCUGAUCAAGGGCAGGGGGCCAUCGGAGGAGAGAGACACCUUUCCCUUAGGGUUACAGAGGUGUGUCCAGUAACAAUAGCGUGAUGUCAUCAUCUACCUGGCCGGAACACUCGCCCAGCCCCUCGUGACGUGGAAUGGCCUGACUGCUGUCUCUUGGCCCCUGCUCAGUGACAUCUCCGUCGUCCUCCCUCGCACCCUCUGCGGUCAUAAGUGAGCUUGUUGGAUAAACAGGGUGUUUGUGUGUUGCCGUUCCCCCCACAGUGUUUGAGAACAAAGACAAGAUUGUGAUCAUCAUGGAGUACGCGAGCAAGGGGGAGCUGUACGAUUACAUCAGUGAGAGGAGACGCCUCAGCGAGAGGGAGACCAGACACUUCUUCCGCCAGAUCGUCUCCGCCGUGCACUAUUGUCACAAGAACGGUGUGGUCCACCGGGACUUGAAGCUGGAAAACAUACUGCUUGAUGACAACUGCAAUAUUAAGAUUGCUGACUUUGGGCUUUCCAACCUGUACCAGAAGGACAAGUUCUUGCAAACAUUUUGUGGGAGCCCGCUCUACGCUUCUCCUGAGAUUGUCAAUGGGAGACCUUACCGGGGGCCAGAGGUGGACAGCUGGGCCCUGGGCGUGUUGCUUUACACCCUCGUUUAUGGAACGAUGCCUUUCGAUGGUUUCGAUCACAAAAACCUCAUUCGGCAGAUCAGCAGUGGAGAGUAUCGGGAGCCCACGCAGCCCUCAGACGCUCGAGGACUCAUUCGGUGGAUGCUGAUGGUGAACCCCGAUCGCCGGGCCACCAUUGAGGACAUCGCCAACCACUGGUGGGUGAACUGGGGCUACAAGAGCAGCGUCUGUGACUGUGACGCACUGCACAACUCCGAGUCACCGCUCUUGGCUCGCAUUAUCGACUGGCAUCACCGUUCCACGGGGCUGCAGGCCGAGGCUGAAGCCAAAAUGAAGGGCCUGGCCAAACCCGGGGCCUCAGAAGUCAUGCUGGAGCGGCAGCGGUCGCUGAAAAAGUCCAAGAAAGAGAAUGACUUUGCCCAGUCUGGCCAGGACUCGGUGCCCGAAAGCCCAUCCAAGCUGAGCUCCAAGAGGCCCAAAGGGAUCCUGAAGAAGCGGAGCAACAGCGAACAUCGCUCCCACAGCACGGGCUUCAUCGAAGGCGUGGUCAGCCCUGCCUUGCCCUCUGCUUUCAAGAUGGAGCAGGACUUGUGUCGGACUGGUGUGCCCCUCCCAAGCUCCCCCGAGGCAGAGGUGCCGGGUAAACUCAGCCCCAAGCAGUCGGCCACGAUGCCCAAGAAGGGCAUCUUGAAGAAGACCCAGCAGAGAGAAUCGGGGUACUAUUCCUCCCCAGAGCGCAGCGAAUCUUCCGAGCUGUUGGACAGUAACGAUGGGCUGGGCAGCAGCAUCCCAUCCCCCAGCCCCCCAGACCCAGCCAGGGGCACUUCCCACAGCCUCUCCUGCCGCAGGAAGGGCAUCUUGAAACACAGCAGCAAGUACUCAGCAGGGACCAUGGACCCGGCCCUCGUCAGCCCCGAAAUGCCCACACUGGAAUCCUUGCUGGAGCCCGGCGUCCCCGCCGAAGGCCUCUCCCGGAGCUACAGCCGGCCCUCCAGCGUCAUCAGUGACGACAGCGUCCUGUCCAGCGACUCCUUCGACUUGCUGGACUUGCAGGAGAAUCGCCCUGCCCGCCAGCGCAUCCGCAGCUGCGUCUCUGCUGAAAACUUCCCCCAGAUCCAGGACUUUGAGGGGCUCCAGAACCGGCCGCGGCCCCAGUACCUGAAGCGGUACCGGAACCGGCUGGGAGACAGCAGCUUCUCCCUCCUCGUGGACAUGGACGAUGUGACUCAGGUCUACAAGAAAGCGCUGGAGAUCUGCAACAAGCUUAACUAGCUCCCCAGGGUGCAGGGGGUGGGUUGUGGGUGGGUUUUGGGGGAGGAGUGGGAACAAUGACUUGUGCUUGUGAGCUGGUUACCUCUUUGCUGGCCACGAUGAUAGACUGAAAAAGGAUUGGUACCAUCUUGCUUGGCCAAGUCCUCAGCCUUGCGCCAGCACCUGAAAGGGAGAAGUGGGUUCUCUGCCAGUCCUGCCAGCUGCCAGUCAGAAUUUGGGUCCGAAUUGGCAUUUACUUUGAGGCACCUCUCGGAGGACCGGCUGUCCGGGGGAGGUGGUGGUGGCCAGCGCUAAGAGGGUGGGGAGGAAGCAUAUGGGAGCGGGGGCAUCUCCCUAAACAUCAUCCAAAUGCUUCUGGAGGAGGGGCAAGAGAGCCUGGGGCCGUCUGCUUGGGGUGAGCUCAGAGCUUGCUUCUCUCCUCCUCACAUUGGCAGGCUUGGUCUGACUGCAUGGGGUCGGCAAGUAGAUUUCAGCAACCUGAACUUGAGUCAGUGAUCUGUUGAUAGUGGCUGCCGGGGGUGCUGGUUCGAGUCGCCUAGGCACAAUGGGAAGGAGUGUCGUGAUUGAACCGCAGUGGUGCCACGGGAUUGGAAAGAGAGGGUGGUAGUGCCCACGCCACGUAGUCGCCAUCCUGGACCCAGCUCAGCCCUGGGAGUGUUGGGUCAAGGCAUCCUGUGGGCUCUGUGUUUGUCCUUCAUGCCGCUAGUGUGACCUUUGUUAAUUUGCUAGUCUGCCUGGAAUGGAAGACAGGGCUUCGGUCAGAGGAGAAUGCUCUGAACACUGCUAAGGACUUAGAAGAAAGAGUCAGCCCGUGGUGAUUUGGGGGCUUUUUUUGCCGUCUGCUACUUCUUUCCUGAUGUCUGCCUUGCUCUUCAGCACAGCCUUCCGAGGAUGGACAGGGAAAAAGUUGGUGGCAUCAGAGGUCAAACCAUGGUGUGUAACUGAGCUCGGGACCCUCUGUGGUCUUUGGGCAGAUGAAUGGAAAUUGAUCCUCACCAGCAAGGGGGCAACUUGUCGCUUUCUUUAACAUCUCACUGUUAACUGGAAUGCUGCCUCUGGGGUUCUCACCUGCACGAAUUGGAUGUGAUGUUGCCAUAGGAGUCACGGGCUCAACCAUUUACCCUGUUUGCUAAUAGCAGAUGGGUUCCCAUCCACCGAGUGUGGAAUCCACAGAGGCAGGUGAGUUUGCUUCCAGGGAGUUCGUGUUUGGUGUGGGAUAUUUGGAUGAGAAAAGGAAAGUUAGGCAGAAGGUACUCCCUCACCAACCCCCCCCCCCCCCCCGCCCAUAUCUAAGUAUUCUGUCAUGGGUUUGAACUCUUAGGCUUUGGGGGAAAAGAAAGCUGAAUCCAUUCAAAUGAAUAAGGUGUUGAAAGAGCAGAGUGGGUUGGGAGAAAGCGUACAGGAGAGGGAACAUUUCCCAAGGAGCCAUCCAGAUGGUUCUGGAGGAGGUAGGAAAGAGGUGUAGCAGGACUCUUCGGUUAAAAAGUAAUAUAACUAAGUAUUUAACUUCUCGACCCCCAGACUGCCGGUGGUAAGAUGUCAGUCUCACAGUGGGACAUCUUCAGAUACUGGGUAUGGAAUUAGUGGUUUCUUUGGGGAAUUUGGGAUGACUUCAGAUCCUACUGGCCUGGGAAAAUUGAACCCUUUGAUUCAAGAUGGCCAACCUCUGGUAGCCGCAUAGAUAUAUAAGGAGGACUAGUCUUGGGGGUAUUUUUGGGAAAACCAAUAGACAGUAGUUCAUAAAGAGAUGAGAAAGAAUUCACCUUAAGGCACUGAGAACAGUCAUUGGAAUGAAAGUGCCCUUUUCUUGAGGAGAUGGCUCCAGUUGCCCCCUGUCGCUAGCUCUGGGGUUGUGGCUUGUGCGUGCCUUCAGGUUGAACUGAGCGGUGCAUUACGGGAAGCUUCUCGAUUUUCUUUCCUUCAAUGCCGCCUCCUUCCUGAACUCCAGUAUAGGUUCAAAGGGAAAAAAAUCUGUAGAUAGCUAAUUGUGUGUGGGGGAUGUGUGGGUGCAUGGAGGGCAUCCUGCAGCCUGUGAGCUCCCCACUCCAUGUCUCGUUUCAUGCAACCUUUUCUGAACAGCCUAUACUGCCACACUGCUGGUCCGUCACGCGUGGCAGCUCGGCCAGCCUAGUUGGUGGCUGUCAGUAUGACUUAAGGUAUAACACCUACGAAGGUAUAGCGCCUACCUACUGGUUGAUGUGUUUUUUCCUUUUGCCAAGUGAUUGCAUUUGUUUAAUAUUUUCCAUCCUUCUAAAAUGACACUAUUAAGGAAAAUCACUCUGCUUCUCCCCCUCCCCCCAAAGCCCCACACCUGCAUGUUCUCUUUUGUCAAUAAACACCAACAGUGGGUUGUGGCAAAGACAGCCUCCACCCAGAGGUGGAGGUUCCGAGCUGAGUCCUGGUGUGCUGCUAACCAAUUGAUGGCCUUAGGCACCUGCAGUGUUUUGAGGGCUAAAUUCUCCCUUCAGCGAGGGCUGGAGGGGUGGAUUAGCCAGUCUCUCAGGCCCUGCCUGGUUCCGACAUUCUGCUAACAUCCUGUGAUUCUAGAUGCCAUGUUGACUGUGUCCUUUCAAGGAAAACCUUGGAAUAGAGAGAAGAGCUCUUGACAAGCAGCUCCCCUGCUUCCUGAUUAAGUCCUAUCAUCCCUACCAGUCAAUCCCCAACCAAGGAAGUCAUGCUCGAUUCAUUUCCAUGGAAUUAACAGGUGAGAGACACUUUCAUGACCUGGUGGACCAAGCAGGAGAAUCCAUGUCAGCUGUCCUGGUCCUUUCCCUGCCUCUGUGGGCCUCUCGGUGUCUUAGUUUACACAUCUGCCAAAGGAGUAGAAU